AAAGAACAGCCACAUGCACAAGGAACAGGAAGAAGGUCUGAAGCUCGGCCGCUCUAGGCCUUUGAGAGGGAAGACUUAGUGUUCGAAGAAAGAUCCGGGUCACGGCGCUUGCUGCUCUCUUCCCCGCCCACUGUGAGCUGCGAACUAGCAGGAUCGGGGCGACGAGGAUUCUCGGAGUAGCCCCUCCCUUAGGAGCGGAGCGGCAGGGACUCCUGGUUUCAGUACAAUAAAAAUGGACAUCAGCUUAUCUAAGAGAACUGUAAGAUAUGCAUGAAGAACUGAUUUACAGUUCAUUUCUAAAGAGGAAAACUGUGUGAUACUGCAUUAAAAUAUUGGUUAAAUUUAAGUCUUGGCCCAUAUCAUCUUCAAAUUUCUUUGUUUGAUUUUAACCCUUAACUUCUUCCUGACCUAUAAUUUUUUCCUUAGUAUUUGUUUUUUUUUUACUUGAUCACGCUCUUUAAAAAACAUUAAAGACAGUAAUUGUAUGAGUUUUUUUGGGUCUGAAAUGUACAGUGAUGUAAAAGGUGAUACUGGGACACUACCUACCAUAAUCACCAGUUGUCCUUUACCUAAGGAUAACUAUCACUUUUAGUUGGCAGGGACAAAAUCAAUGGAGUACAACACUGCCCUGGAUUCAAAGAAACUAAUUACUAGAGCACAGUGUAACUCCUCUAGUCCUCAGUGUAUGUAUGUUGCAGGGAACACUGGAAUUCUUCAAAACGUUAGCAGAGAUUCAGUGAAAAGUUUGGUGGUUGAAAGUUGAUUGAAAGACAGCUUCUAUAACAUUACUCAUCCCUUACACUAUGCAGUUACAGAGAAUAUUGGAUGUGCUCGUACUGGAAAAUGGUGAUGUCCAGUACCCUUCAACAUAAUUUUAAAUUAACAUAGGUUCUUUGGUACCCAAGUUGAUAUGGAAAAAACUUUCAUGUAAGAUAGGAAGGUUUAGCAUCACUACCCCAACAGAUGUACUUCCUUCCCCUCUGUACCCUGCCAUUCUCAAACAGCCUGCACCAUUUAAUAGAUACUUGCUGGUUUUAAUUAAGUAAAACUAGAAUUCCCUCCAGAAAUGAAAGGUUGAGAGCGUGCCCUAUUACAAUGUUUUGUUUUAUUUUGUUUUAAUUUUAGCACGCCUGUAUUAUUUCCUCCAUUGUUUUGUGUAGUAAUUGUGGCAAAAUUUUCAGCAGCAUCUACUAUGUAUUUGUACACAGUAUCCCCACCUGAUGCAUUUAAGGUGUCGAAACACCACAAUCCAAUGAAGUUGCAGAAAACUACAUGUUGACAAUGGAAUCCAGGGACAACAAUGGCAAGAAAGUUACCCCUGUGCUCAGAAUAAGUCAGCUUGAUGCCCUUGAACUAAACAAAGCCCUGGAGCAGCUGGUGUGGUCCCAGUUUACUUGCUGCUUUCAUGGAUUUAAACCUGGACUUUUGGCUCACUUUGAACCAGAGAUUAAAGCAUUUCUGUGGCUUUUUUUGUGGAGAUUCACUGUCUAUUCCAAGAAUGCAACAGUGGGACAAGCUAUUUUGAACAUUCAGUAUAAAAAUGACCUAUCUCAGAAACAGAAAUACCAGACAUUGAGCAAGCAACAGAAAGUAUGGUACCUUAUUUGCACCGUUGGUGGGAAAUGGCUUGAAGAAAGGUGUUAUGAUUUAUUUAGCAAUCGUCCUUUGGAGUCAUUCCAGAAGACAAAGUAUUUCAUUAACUUGGUUGUUGGGCUUCUCAGACUUGGUGAAUUACUGAACUUCUUAGUUUUUCUGCAGAAGGGAAAGUUUGCUACACUUACAGAACGUAUUCUAGGAAUCAGGUCAGUGUUUUGCCAGCCACAAAGCAUCCGCCAGAUUGGAUUUGAAUAUAUGAAUAGAGAACUCCUAUGGCAUGGGUUUGCUGAAUUCCUGAUUUUUCUUUUGCCACUUAUUAAUAUGCAAAAACUCAAACUCAGAGUUUCUUCCUGGUCUUUACCUAUUGAAAGAUAUUUGAAUAUUGAUAAUAAUUCGAUACUGUGUUCUAAGGAAUGUUCUUUGUGUGGGGAAUGGCCCACUAUGCCACACACCAUAGGCUGUAUACAUGUAUUUUGUUAUUAUUGUAUUAAAAGUAACUACUUACUUGAUGUGUAUUUUACAUGUCCUAAAUGUGGAAAAGAGGUACAAGAUCUGCAGCCAUUAAAGUACAAGAUAGAAAUGAAAGAGGUGUAUAUGCAUUAGGCUUGUUGAAGUUUUCCCCAAAUGCAUAAUCAAGUAUAAUUUCUGUAAUUUAGUGACUUCUCUAUAGGAACACUUAGAUUCAUCUGUAAUUUUGACCUGUACUUUCUAUAAUUAUCUUGGUUAGUGAUAUUUUUAAGUUGUUUUACUAUAAAAUGAUCAGCAAUUCUAAAGAAAUCUUGAAUUUAAAACAAGUUAAUUUAAUAAAGUAUUAAUAAGCAAAAACAUGAAGCCAAGAUUAACAAUGUCUUGUUUUAUUUAUCAUUAAGCAUGAUAAUGUGUAGCCGAUGUUUAAAUACUGCACAAAGGCACCUAAGUACUCGUGUAGGCAACACAACUUGACAAAGACCCAUGAACUCAAUCCACAGGUGAGAGUAGAAUCUAUCCCACUAUACAACUAAUAAACAGAUGUUUCUUGAGAGUUUUCUUAAUGAGAAGAUACGGGUUUUAUUAUGUUCUUUAUUGCCCAUGAUCGGACAUGGACCAAAGCUAAGUGUUUCAUAAAAGACCAAGAGCAAGAAUUGGAGGCUGGGCAGUCACUGUUUAGUUGGGCAACUAAAAGUUCUUAUCUGUAAAAGCUCUUGGACAGAGUUUUGGAAAGAUGGCCACGUUUCAUGAGUUCAUUAUCAGCUUGAUUUCCUGUAUAUUUUGUUUAGCCUAGUCACAAAUAAUAGUCCUAACCAUACAGAGGAAGUGUUUUAUAUUAGUUGAAUCAUUACUAGUGUAUUAUGCACAAUCGUUAGUUGAAAACCAGUAUGCUGUCAGUUUCUUUUAAUGUUUAUUUCCCUGUGCCCUGAUCUUCACAGAAGAUGACUUUGUUCUAUGUUUCAUUUUCUCUAUACACAUAACAUCAUUAGCUAGGAGUCCAGCACUUAUACUUGAUUGCCACAGUGAGUACGCUAUAGCAAACACUAAGGUUAUAAAAAAAUGCAAACACUUUAGCCAUGAGCUCUCCAUGUUCAGAGGCAUUUCUCUUCAAAGCAGCAUUUUUAGGAGAUUAAAUUUUGGUUUGAGAAUUUCCUUUCUAUCCCUAUUAAUUUGACUUAAAUGCAAUUUGACUUGCUACUAUGUAUUGUAUCUCAGAUAUUGGCAACAUGCAUCUUACCUACCAGUUUGAAGCGAAUUCCAUAAGAGUUGAUGAGUGAAAUGAUUUAAUAAAAUGCUUCUUCACAGAUAAAACCUUGCUGUAGGCUUUGUAUUCACAUCUCUCAGCUGUACACAAUAAAGAAUGGAAAACAAAA